CGACGUUUUUGCGGCGGUUUACCUGGUUUUAGGCCGUCACCCCGCGCAAGACCAUUAAGUCUGGCUGUGCACACUUCCUGAGUGCCUCACUGCUAGCGUAUCUAUAUCAUGUCACCUGUCAACGUAUUGCUUGUUGGAUCUGGUGGACGGGAGCACGCCAUUGCUUGGGCCUUGGCAAAGUCGCAGCGGGUAGCCACCAUAUUUGUUGCUCCUGGAAACGGCGGUACGGAAACGGCUGGACCAAAGGUGAAGAACGUUUCAGUAGACGCCGGGAACAACUUUGAGGGCCUCGUUCGCUUUGCCUGCGAGAACAAUGUAGCGCUCGUUAUCCCUGGUCCGGAACAGCCCUUGGUUGAUGGCAUUCAGGCUGCUUUCAAAAAGGUCGGAAUUCCUUGCUUCGGACCAUCAAAGGAAGCAGCUCAGCUCGAAGGAUCGAAAGCGUUUUCCAAAGACUUCAUGAAGAAGCAUCAGAUUCCGACUGCCGCAUACGAGGUCUUCACGGAUUUCAACAAAGCCAAAUCUUACAUUGAAAACUUCGGUGGGCAGCUGGUAAUCAAGGCCUCAGGACUUGCGGCUGGAAAGGGUGUGCUGCUACCUGAAACCAAAGAAGAAGCGAUUGAGGGCCUGAAAUCUAUUAUGGUGGAUUCCGUGUUCGGAGACGCUGGCAGUGAAGUUGUUAUCGAAGAACGUCUUACCGGAGAGGAAGUUAGUGUGCUGGCAUUCUCAGACGGUUAUACAGUCAUCCCAAUGCCUGCGGCGCAAGACCACAAACGGGCUUUUGAGGGAGAUAAGGGACCGAAUACUGGAGGAAUGGGCGCAUAUGCUCCCGCCCCCAUCUUUACACCUGAGCUUGCCGCUGAGGUGAAGCGGACCGUCUUGCAACCUACCGUCGAUGGAAUGCGCCGGGACGGCCAUCCUUUUGUGGGUGUCCUUUACGCAGGUCUGAUGCUGACACCUUCUGGGCCAAAAGUGCUCGAAUUCAACGCACGGUUCGGAGACCCAGAAACCCAAGUGGUACUUCCCCUGUUGGAUGACGGAUGUGAUCUUUUUGAGAUCACUCUUGCCGCAGCCGAAGGGCGCUUAGAUUCCGUAAAAGUAAACUUCAAGUCAUCCUCUGCUGCAACGGUUGUGAUUGCUGCUCAAGGCUACCCUGGAUCAUACGAAAAGGGCAAAGAAAUCAAGAUUGCCUCGGUACCUCCAAAUGUUACUGUUUUCCAUGCUGGGACAAAGUUGGACGGAGGAAGAUUGACGACCUCAGGAGGACGUGUACUCGCCGUAACCGCUGUGGCUGGCGACCUUCAAGAGGCGUUGAAGCUAGCAAAUUCCAGCGUUCUUCUGGUCCAGUUUGACGGAGCUCAGUUCCGUCGUGACAUUGGUCACAGGGCCUUGGCUUUGCUCGGAAGCAAGAAAACAUCUGGUGCCACUUACGCACAGGCCGGAGUAAACAUUGACGCCGGCAAUUUGCUGGUGGAGAAGCUGAAGCCGCUUGUUAAGGCAACCAGAAGACCUGGUGCAGAUGCGGAUCUUGGUGGUUUUGGAGGACUUUUCGAUCUACAGGCAGCUGGCUACAAAGACCCUGUACUCGUGUCCGGAACUGACGGUGUGGGAACGAAGCUCAAGAUUGCUCAAGCUAUUCGGAAGCAUGAUACAAUUGGUAUCGAUCUCGUGGCUAUGAAUGUCAAUGACGUUAUCGUUCAGGGCGCAGAGCCUCUAUUCUUCCUCGAUUACUAUGCGAGCAGUAAGCUGGAGGUAGACGUUGCCCGCGACGUGAUUGCGGGCAUUGCAGCUGGAUGUAGCGACGCUGGAUGUGCGCUUGUAGGUGGUGAAACGGCGGAAAUGCCGGGUAUUUAUCAACAUGGCGACUACGAUCUGGCUGGUUUUGUUGUUGGGGCGGUUGAUCGCAAUGAGGUUCUUCCUAAAUUUGACGCUAUAUCAGAGGGCGAUGUCGUGCUGGGUCUACCAUCAUCUGGCGUGCAUUCAAACGGCUUUUCGCUUGUUCGUCAUGUUGUUGCCCGUGCAAAUCUCGAUUACUCGUCUCCAUGUCCUUUCGCAUCGCCUGAAGUCGGCCAAACACUCGGAGAAGCCCUUCUCACCCCCACCCGCAUCUACGUCAGACAGCUUCUUCCUGCCGUGAGGAAAGGAUUGAUCAAGGCAAUGGCUCAUAUCACAGGUGGAGGUUUCCCAGACAAUAUCCCUAGGGCCUUGCCGGACACCAUUGGAGUGCAAAUUGAUGCACGAACAUGGCCUUUACUUCCCGUUUUCCAAUGGGUCAAGCGCACUGGUGGAAUUGCAGAUGCCGAACUCGCACGAACAUUUAACUGUGGUAUCGGUAUGAUCCUGAUCGUUAGCCGGGACAAUGUCCCCGAGGUGAACCGCUUACUACGAGACGCUGGUGAAGAAGUGUAUGAGAUCGGAAAGGUUGUGAAGCGGACUAGUGGUGAACAGGUAGAGCUCAUCGGCACAGAAACCGCCUGGGCUUAGAUGUAUGAGGUAGAAGGGAGUAUGCAUUUUUUUCAUUCGCAAAAAGGGUGGGUGUAAUGUACAGUACGUAGACGAAGGUUCCACAUAUAUAAACAUAUUGGCAAAUAGCGUAGCCGCCAAACCA